CAGUUCCAAUUCCUUCUGAAACGAACCAAAGAAGAAAAAAGUAAAGAGAUUGAAAACAGAGCAGAAAAGGCAGAGAUGGGAGGGGUAACGUCCUCAAUGGCAGCAAAGUUUGCAUUUUUCCCACCGAACCCACCUUCGUACAAGCUUGUAACUGAUGAAAUGACUGGUCUUUUGCUUCUUAGCCCUUUCCCUCAUAGAGAAAACGUUGAGGUUCUUAAGCUUCCAACUCGGCGUGGCAUGGAGAUUGCAGCUAUUUACAUCAGGCAUCCCAUGGCAACUUCCACUUUGCUUUACUCUCAUGGAAACGCUGCCGAUCUGGGUCAGAUGUACGAGCUUUUCAUCGAACUGAGCAUCCACUUGAGGCUCAAUCUUAUGUGCUACGAUUAUUCGGGGUAUGGUCAAUCUUCCGGAAAGCCAAGUGAGCAGAAUUCGUAUGCUGAUAUUGAAGCAGCAUAUAAAUGUCUUGAAGAAAGCUACGGUGCAAAACAAGAAGAUAUCAUCCUCUAUGGCCAAUCUGUUGGUAGUGGUCCUACUCUAGAACUAGCAGCCCGACUGCCUCGGUUAAGAGCUGUCGUUCUUCAUAGUCCCAUUCUUUCCGGCUUGAGAGUCAUGUAUCCCGUAAAGCGUACGUAUUGGUUCGACAUUUAUAAGAAUAUCGAUAAAAUACCGCUAGUCAAUUGUCCCGUUCUUAUCAUUCAUGGAACUUUGGAUGAAGUUGUCGAUUGCUCGCAUGGCAAACAGCUCUGGGAACUAUGCAAAGAGAAGUACGAACCAUUGUGGCUCAAAGGAGGGAACCACUGUGAUCUAGAGCAUUACCCUGAGUAUAUUAGGCAUCUCAAGAAAUUCAUAUCAACCGUUCAGAAAUCUCCUUCACAAAGGUACAGUUCAAGGAGAAGCAUGGAUCAAGUCGAACAGCCCCGGAAAAGCGCAGACCUGUUUGAGGUUGGGAGGAAGAGUACUGAUCGAAGAGAGAAACCGAGGAAGAGUACAGACAGACCUGAGAGGUUGAAGAAUCAGACUAAUAGCAUGGAUAAGCUAGAAAAACUAAGAAUCUCUUUUGACCAAAUGGAAAGGUCUCGGAGGAGUGUGGAUUGCUACGAGAAGUCCCGGAAAAGCAUCGAUCACCAGUUCGAAAAAGCUCGCAAAAGUGUUGAUCGGUUGGAUAGAAUAAGAACCGGAUGAUACUUUGGUGUAAAAACAAGUAAAGAUUGCAUACAAAAGCGUUUGGUAUCGUGAGGAAUCAAUCUUGGUUUUCUUAUUCUUCAUCUU